AUGCCUGGCCGCGACCAGGGAAAUGACAGCGCCGACGACUCGCGGACCGCUGCCGUCCGCCCUCGAUCCAAGCAGAAACCUUCCCGGGUAACAAAGCCGCCGCCACCACCGCCGCCAUCGUCGUCGUCGCAGCAGUCCGCCAGAGGCCGUCGCCCGCCGAGGAGUCGCAGGGCCGGCCGCCAGGAUCCCCUAGAUUUCGUCCCGCGCGGCGCCACCUUCACAAAUGCGUCGCUCCCCGUCGACGGAGAUUCCAGCUCAGAUCAGCCCUCAGAUGACGGCGGAAGCCAGCACUCCCCUUCAGAUGCCGCUGCGCAACCUCUCUCCGACGUGAUCAUGCAGCCUGCCGUCAAUUGGAACAAAGGCGGCGGGGGCGCGAUCAGAACAAGCCUCCGUGGGUCUGGAGGCACAUCCACUCCCGUCUCUGCGCCUGCGUCCGCCGCGUUCGACGCUGUCAAUGACAGAUAUUGGCGUAGUCGAAGCGCUUCCGCCUCGGAAGACGAGGGCCCCAACAGCUCGAGGCCAAGUGCAAAUAAACCAGAUAACAAUUCUGGUGAUGAUGGGAGGAUAUCAAACGAAAGUGCUGGAGGCUUGGUGAUGUCUGAGGACUCGGAGCUUGAGAGUGACGCAGAGGCUGAUAACUCCAUAAUGCUCAACCUGAGCACGCCGACUCAAAAUGAAAACGUUGUACAAACAAGUGCAAUAAAUGGAAUGGAGACCUUUAAUUCCCACGCAAACGGGCCCACUGAGACCCAGACCCAGAUGCAAGAGGUCAGAGCAGAGAGUGUUAUUGAACAACCACCUGUCUCUCGUGAUAAUGCAGUCUCUCGCAAGCACAACAGUGCAGAGACAAUUGCAGCAUUUGAGUCCUUUAGUUCAAAAUACCCCUCUCCUCCACACACUCUGGCUGAUCUUGCCCGAGAGGACCGAGACAUGCAGAUAAAGUAUAUUCAUUACAACAAAGAACUUAAAAAUGUUGAUAUGAAUCUGCCGAUUAGAUGUACAGAUUGUAUGGCGGAAGGCCACCUUUCGGAGAUCUGCCCUUAUAAAGAAUGUAAACAUUGUGGCGCUUGGGGCAUACACGAAAGCAGAUUUUGUCCCGCUUGGAGGCGGUGCCAGAGGUGUAGAGAGCGGGGCCAUGAUGAGGUUGACUGCCCUUCUCUGCUCAAGGGAUUGGCCUCCGAAGUUCCAUGCGAUUUCUGCGGCUCUAGCCAACACAUCGAGGGUGAAUGUGACCUGCUAUGGAAGCUACCCAAACGUGACCUAGGUAUAAGUCAAAUCUUUGUGUCUGUAUGCUGCAGUUUCUGCACGAGCAAAGAACACCUUUUGGGCGACUGUCCAAUCCGGCCGUUUUCUAUGAACUCUUCGUCCUGGACUCUGAGAACCGUUGAUCCGGCCUCUAUUGCCAAUCUUGGCGACACCAAGCUUUCCCUCGACGCACAGAAUACCAACAGAGAUGAACAUCUUACAGGCCUGCGGAUUAAAGGACGUGCCAAUGAACGUGCGGAAUCAGAUGAGGAGAAUGACGAUUUUACCGGGGCUACCCGCUGGAAGCCACUCAACAAACAGCCGCCUCGUACACAUAUCCGAUUCGGUAGUGGAAUCGGUCGCGGACGAAAUCUAGGCGAAGACCGCCAGGAUGGAAACGGAGGUGAUAGGUACAUACCUCACGAUUAUGGACGCGAAUAUCGCGAUCGAGAACCCUUCGCUGGCCGUAGCUCUCGGCAACGGUCCUUGUCGCCCGAACCGUACCCUCCACGGCCGCGAGGCGGUGGUUCUGUCAGACCUGCACCACCCAGAUCCCCACCUCGUGGACGUGGACGACACCCACUACCACCCCUGCCGCCACCGCCUGCUCGGGGUGGGAGCAAGAACAAAAGGGGUGGCUCUCGUGGUGGGAAAGGCGCCAAAAAUUCCGAUAAUAGGGAUGUGUAUCGACCAAUGCCCAGUGCCGCGAAGCGGGCUUGGGACAAGCAUAGGUUUUGAAAAUAUGCGAUUCUAAGUUCUAGUGCACAUUGUUUUUGACCAGCCGUGCCGAAACGCUUUCCUUUUUUUGGUCCUUGGGUUCAGCCACGCGGGGAAUCGAGGAAUAAGUCUAGUUACUAUCGUGGCCCGCCGAUGGUCUUGCAACAGCAUUGCGUUGCUAAUGGCUCUAUUGAUGCCAGAGAACAUACCUGCCAGCCGUCCACUUUAGGCUACUGGGCUUAUACAGUACAUACACGCAGUCAGUGGCCAAGGCGAGAAAUGAUCCUGUCCUGCUAGGUUCGCAUCGUCCAGGAAAUCAUCAUAAGGCCGAUCUUAAAGCAGGCUGUCGCUGAUUGUAACAAGGUACAGAGCACAUACGUCUAUUUUGCAAGGGGAAAAUAGUUGUCCCCGGGUCACCGAGCCCUCUGAUUCAUUUUUGUCCAGGAGGAACAAAAAGGGGAUAGGAAAAAAAGGAGAAACUGAUAUGGAACCUCCUAAUUGCCCGACUGUCAUGGCCUAAAUAACUAGUAAUUACUGCUUCGCGUAGUUGAGGCCCAUGACAUCAGGGGCUAUGGAGUAGUUUCUAGCAAAAGAAUCGGGUAUCCGCCAUGUUUGCCAUGCAUAGAGCUGACCAUAGAAAUAGUCCGCACCAAAUUAAGAUCUAUGUUGGUCAA